AAUGGGAGCGUCUGGCUUCAUAACAUUUUCCAAGAUUCUUACAGUCUACAGAUAACAUUUUCAACAGUAUUGAGGCUGAGAAAUCAAAUUUAUUUGGCUGUUUUUUUUUUAGCAAGGGCAGAGAUCAUUGCUUUUCUUCAUUUUCCUGCCGGUCCUGCCAGUGUCAGGCGGUCACACGUCCGAGAUGCUGUCGCUGGCCGCGGCCCUGGACCGGCGCCGGUUCUGUCCCCGGGUGUACGUGGCUGCCGCUGGCGACUCACUGAGCGGGGAGCGCGCCCUGCGGACGGAGGAGGAGGACGCCGCGCGCCUGGAGACGAUCCCCCGCAGCCGGUGCGUCGGCCAGUCGUGGGUGUCCAGUGUGUGGACCACGGCCGUGGCGAUGCUGGCCGCGCUUCGCCUGGUGUUCACCGUACGACCGCGCCUGGUGCUGGCGAACGGACCCGGUACCUGCGUCCCCGUCUGCCUGUCCGCGCUGCUCAUGAAGUGGCUGCUCUGGAGGCCGGUGCACGUGACCUUUGUGGAGAGCGUGUGUCGCGUGCGCUCCCUUUCGCUCAGCGGCCAGAUUCUGUACCGGCUAGCUGACGACGUGAUUGUGCAGUGGCCGGAGCUGCUACAACGCUACCCGCGCGCCCUCUAUAUGGGCCGGCUGGUGUGACCUCGCCACCUGCGCGACAUCUAUAUCUGAUGAUUCGGGAACUGCCUCGUGCGGCAAUCCUGGGACAGAUCUGAUUUAUGCAAGCAGCAGUGUCCACUUGCUUCCCAACCUCGCUGUCUUUUGACUGCGCUGCAUUCUAGAUUAUGCCAGAAAUUAAGAAAGACCUGCCGAUUGGUCAGGCUGCGCAUGGAGUUCGCAGUGAGCACCAGACUGCUUUCGGCUGUUAUUGAGAUAUGCUCGUCAGAUAAUUCACAACACACAUUUUAUGCACUUUUUUCAUUGUCUUUGUGCUUUAGAUCGCUGCAAGCUAUUCACUGAAGCCACUGGCGGAGUGAUGCCAGUUCCGUCUCCUUCAUAUCUCCGUCAUCCUUCCCUGUUUGUGCACUCACGGGCGCCACUUUCGUGGUUUUGUCCCGUUUGUGCCUUGUGGCAUGGGUGCAGGAGAGGCAUUUUCUAGUCACAGUGUCUGAGAGCGUGGUGAGUGUGGGGGUACUGCCUUGAUCAAGUGUACUUUUAUUACGGUUUGUUGUUACCGUUUGUAUUGUUGAUUGUGCAUUAGCCGUCUCGCCGAAGCAUUAUAAAAGUGCUGAUUUUAUGAAUACAUGUUUGACGACA